AUGUUAUUGCGACGCUUUUAGAUUCUGAAAUCAUACCAGAAAUAAUAAAGGCUUUACCAUUAGAUGAUUUAAUUGUGCGAUUAUUACUGAUGGCAAGCGAAGAUGGGAAAACUGAACAAAGUAGCACUGUUAUUUCACUUAUGCCUGAACUGAAACAAACACUUGAUAAUAAUCUCACAUUAUCCGCAUUAAAUAAAUGUUUAUUGAAAUUGGGCGGAUCGGGCACAGCACCAAGAAAAAUAAGCGCCGCAUACGGAUUCACCCCAGCCCAACGCCGAAAAAUAAUCUUUGGGGUUCUUACAUGGCUUAAUGAAAUAAUUCAGCCGAAACUGAGUGAAGCAAAUUAUGGUAAUUUAGAUGGAUACCUCGCCGAAACAUCGAAUUUCAAAGUAUUGACCGAGCGAGUACUUCCUAUGCUCAAUAACAUUAAAGAAAACUCUGAGAGUUUCAAACCGUUGAGUGCACUUUUAGUUAAUAUGCAUAAACUAAAUCCGGAUUUAUUCGAGGAAAUAUUGUAUACGUAUGAUAAUCGGAUUAUUCAGACUGUUGGAGGUAUUGUUGGUUGGGAAGACGAGCUAAUGAGUGCAGAACGGGAAGCUGGGCAGACAGUACGUCAACCUUAUGAGGAUAUCACUUUGAUGCCUCAAGAACCUGAGCAAGCGCUGCAGCAGCAAGAAAUGCAAAAACGCUUAUAUGAAGAACAGUUGAUUCAACAGAAGCUAAGAGAAAUAAAUCCGGAAACAGUUGAAAAUUAUGAACAAGAAUUUGACAUAAAGAAUCUGCAAAACCCUGAACAAUUGUUAGAUGAUGAAAAUUAUGAAUUACAAAAUCAACAAUCAUUAAACCACCAACAACGGCGAGAAUGGGAGUUACAGCAGCAACAAGAGCGGGAACGAAUAGAACAAGCAAAACGGCGAGAAUGGGAAUUACAGCAACAACAAGAGCAGGAACGGAUAGAACAAGCAAAACGGCGAGAAUUGGAAUUACAGCAGCAACAAGAACAGGAACGAAUGGAACAAAAAAAACGGCGAGAAUGGGAAUUGCAGCAGGAACAAAUUGAACAAGAAAAACGACGAGAAUGGGAAUUACAGCAGCAGCAAGAACAAGAACGAAUGGAACAAGCAAAACGGCAAGAAUGGGAAUUACAGCAGCAACAAGAGCAGGAGCGGAUAGAACAAGAAAAACGGCGAGAAUGGGAAUUGCAGCAGCAACAAGAGCAGGAACGGAUGGAACAAGAAAAACGCCGAGAAUGGGAAUUGCAGCAACAACAAGAGCAGGAACGGAUAGAACAAGAAAAACGGCGAGAAUGGGAAUUACAACAGCAACAAGAGCAGGAACGGAUAGAACAAGAAAAACGGCGAGAAUGGGAAUUACAACAGCAACAAGAACAGGAACAAGUAGAACAAGAAAAACGGCAAGAAUGGGAAUUACAGCAGCAACAAGAGCAAGAACGAAUAGAACAAGCAAAACGGCAAGAAUGGGAAUUACAGCAGCAACAAGAGCAGGAACGGAUAGAACAAGAAAAACGGCGAGAAUGGGAAUUGCAGCAGGAACAAAUUGAACAAGAAAAACGGCGAGAAUGGGAAUUGCAGCAGGAACAAAUUGAACAAGAAAAACGACGAGAAUGGGAACGGCAACAAUAUGAACAAGAGCUUGAAGAACAGCGCCAACUUGAAUCAUUAAAAGAGCAAGAGGUUUUACGGCAACGCGAGUUAAAGGAGCAAGAACAGCAACAGCGUGAAAUUAAACAAAAACAAGAACUUCAAAAGAAACGUGAAUUAGAAGAAAAGCAAAAGUGGGAAUUAGAACGACGACAGCGCGAGAUGCAGCAAAAACAACGUGAACGCGAACAAGAAGAACGUAAAAGAUUAGAAGCACAAGAACAAGCUCAACGAAAACGCGAAAUACAGCAAAAAGAAUGGGAGAUUCAACAACAAAGAGAAUGGGAAUUAAAACAAAAACGUGAAAUUGGGCAACAACCAUUCGUCAGAGAACAACAUGAGGUGUCUCCUCAUGAACGAGAUAUUCAUCAUUUACCGCAACGUCAAAUGUCUGUACAACUUGAACGAGAUAUCCAAAAAUUACCGCAACGCCAAAUGUCUUUACAAAUACAGACAAGACCACCGUCUGUUCAACGACAAAUAACCCCACCUUACCAGCAAAAAAGCACACACGAUUGGGUGGAAAAUCAACGCACAUCACAAGUCUCACCUCGAGAAACUUCCUCGGUCAGCAGUCGAGAUACCAUUGAUUCGUCAACCCAAAGACACCGAGCACGUCUUCCAAAAGAUAAUGAGUGGAAUGAAAAUGAAAUUAAUAGGCGCGGUGAUGGUAAUUCUGGCAGAGACAAUGAAUGGGCAGAACAGCGGGGUAGAGAUGGUGGUUAUUAUCUAAGAGAAGAUAGAAACCAAUACCCAGAAAACAUUUGGCAAGAUAGAGACCAUCGAAUACUAAGAGAUAAUAAUGAUUGGGAUGAGCGAAAUGGAAGGUUAGUUUCUCGAGUUCCCAGAGAAAACGAUUAUGGUGAACGAAAUAAUAGACCUGGACAACGAGAUCCACGGGAAAAUGAUUGGGAUGAAAGAGGAAGACCAGGAUCUCGAGAUUUGCGGGAAAAUGAUUGGGAUGAAAGAGGAAGGCCAGGCCCCCGAGACCCACGAGAAAACGACUGGGAUGAACGAAAUGGUAGACCAAUAUCUCGAGAUUACCGAGAAAACGACUGGGAUGAACGAAACGGUAAGCUUAUACCUCGUGAUCUACGAGAGAAUGACUGGGAUGAACGAAAUGGUAGACCAAUACCUCGCGAUGUACGCGGAAAUUAUUUGAACGAAAAAAAUCGAAGAUCCUCAUUUAGCGACAAUGAUAACUUUGAACUCAAAUACCUUGAUAUAACCGAGCCAUCAUCAAGAGAACUUGAUCGUGAAGGGUCCAGUAGUGAUGGCGGCUACUCUCGUAGUGAACGAGAUGUUCCAACAAAUAAAGGCCCUGAUUUAAUACCAAAUCAAUCAGAAAAAUUGCCACCAUCUGCUUCUACAAAUCGCACGCCUGUAAAACGUAUUGUUUCGUUACCACCACCUCCUGAACAGCUUGGAAUCACCGAUAUUGAUACUAAUCAUCAGUUUCCAAAUAUUGAACGAUUUGACCUUGAGGAAGAUGAGGAGAAUGACCAGUCUAAAGAUGUUUCUGUCAAUCGCAUAACAAGUAUCAUUGUUAAUGAUGACGUGUGGAGCCAAUUAGCGGCUGUUAGCGAUAAUAUAAAUCCGUUCUUCCUUAAUCCAGAAGAUAGAUUUGGUGGUGCCGGGGUUUCUACUGCAUCGCCGUUAACUCCAAUACAAGAGGUUCCCCCUAGUAAUGUCAAUGAAGAUAAAAGUCCUGGAGCUUCAGAACAAAGUACCUCCUCUGCUGGUGGUAGUCCUUCAUUAGGAGCUCGUACUAGGGCUCUUAGAAGACCUGAAAGAUUUCAAGCAGUAUCUCCUAUUCCUAGCGCACCACAAGAUAGGCGUCUCCUCCUCGCCACACUCCUGGCACGUCUUAAUGCUAAUAGCGAUAUCGACAACCUCAUGUUCCGUAAACUUUGUUAUUUGUCAAAAGAGACACCAUUAUCUGCUGGUGCAGAAUCAGCUGAUAUUUGGGAAAACGGUGAUCGGUUCUCGGAGUUAAUUACUGCGUUACUUGCGUUUCUGGAAAAUCCAUUGCAGAAUAAUCCAGAAUUAAAAGAAAAUGCACUGCAGUUGCUUCAACAAUUGCUGCUCAACCAAACUGAGUAUGUGCGAGGCUUAGAACGGGAUCUUUUGCGCAUACUGUUAGAGUGUCGCGCAGAUCCAGCAACUAAUGUAUGUGGUCAAGCCGAUGAAAUCCUGGACACAUAUGUACAAAUAGUAGACCCACUUCUUGGCCUCUACACACUAAUAGACAUUAUGGAAUCCAGUCUAUUAAGCAAUAACAACUCGUUUGGAAUGCCGUCUUCGCCUGUAGCUAAUAGUAUUCUUAUGAUGAAUAAUAAUUCUGCUUCACGCGCAACUCCAAAAGGAUCAGCAUUUGUCGUACUCGGGAAACUA